UCGUGUAAGUGCGGACCUCAUAACCGAAGCAAUCACCUCAUCACCAGAUAAAAGGUUAACUUUGUCUCAAAUCUACGAGUGGAUGGUGCAGAAUGUACCUUACUUCAAGGACAAGGGUGACAGCAAUAGCUCAACAGGAUGGAAGAACUCCAUUCGCCACAACCUCAGUCUGCACAACAGGUUCAUGAGGGUGCAAAAUGAAGGUACUGGUAAAUCGUCUUGGUGGAUGAUCAAUCCUGAUGCUAAACCAGGAAAAUCGGUCAGGAGGAGAGCUGCCUCGAUGGAGACCAGUAAGUUUGAAAAAAGGAGAGGAAGAGUGAAAAAGAAGGUUGAGAUGCUCAGAAAGGGACGCGUGUUGCAUGACACUACACCUAGCCCUAGUUCGUCGAUUUCUGAAGGUUUAGAUAAAUUUCCAGAUUCGCCAAUUCAUGGUGGCUUUCAACAAAGCCCCGACUUCAGACCAAGAGCAUCUUCCAACACAUCAUCGUGCGGGAGACUGUCUCCAAUACCGUCUGUGGCUGAGUUGGAACCUGAAUGGGAGUCCCCCAGGUACAACAGCAACUACAGUCCUGAAUUGGCUGGCAACUACUCUCCCGACACGUUGGCUGGCAACUUGCAACAAGGAAUGAAAUUAGACUCGGACUACAUGGGAUACCUGAACGGACAUACACCAACACAACAGCCACCCCCGCCACCUCCGUACACAGCCCCCUUCGACAACUUCCCAGGAAGGACCCUACAUGCCGCAUCACCCUAUGGAAUCACGCAGUGUCCCAUCCACAGGACACAAAACUGCGUGUGUAUGUCGAUCAAAGUGGAGCGGAUGUCACCCACUGGAAUGUCGCCCUCCCACCCCCACUCAGAACCCUCUCCAGACCCCUUAGGCAGCCAAUAUAUGCUCAACAGAAACAUGCUACCUAGGCCGCCCUCUCCUAGUCCACCUCUGACACCUCAACCAACACAUACCGGCAUCGCAUCUACCAUGAUGGGCCAACUGAUGGGAGCCCUGAACCAGAAUCAGUUAGAUGACCUGAGCAUCAUGGAGCUCCAUGGCAGUUUUGAUUGCAACGUGGAAGAGCUCAUAAAGCAUGAGUUGAACAUGGACGGCAGCUUGGACUUCAACUUCCAGAACCAGCCCCAAGGAGCCCCUGAAAGCCAUCAGACAGUGUUACCAACAGGUCAAGCGAACGACCCACCACCUUACUCCGCCUCUGUGACGGCGGUUACGACGCCGUCUUGGGUACAUUAGCGACAAGAAGAAGGAUCGACAAAAUCUAGAGCUUGUUGAUGCGUAGCAGAGUUUAAGAAGAUACCUGUAGUCCAUCAGAUAUUUUAUCUGUUGAAAGAAAUGUAAGGAUGUAACGUUGUUAUGAUCUCGUGUUAUGCUCAUCAAUAAAUAUUAAUUGUUUGUACAGAAAUAUUCUAUAUUUGCUUACUUUUUUAUGUUCCGUAAGGGAGACUUGUUGAAAACGAAUGUAAUAUGUUAUGUUCACAUCUUUUAAUUCUCCUUUCACACUAGACUAUGAAAUUAU